AUGUCUUUUGUCUCGCAUCGGGAGAUUCCUCGUUCGACCAUUUGCAUGGACCUCUUACGUUGUGCUUCGCGGUUGAAGCUCCCGAGAUACUGGGCAAGGCAAUUGCUGCCAAGUCCACCGCGUCAUGUGCGGUUUAACACCAAUGAGUCGACCGCCACUCCGGGGGUCGUACUCCGCGACUACCAAGAGGAGAGCAUUCAAUCCGUCUUGAAGUAUUUGGGCGACGGCCACAGACGGUUGGGAAUUUCCCUUGCUACAGGAGCUGGUAAAACAGUCAUCUUUACACAGCUUAUCAGCCGAAUCCCCCCUCCCAAUGCGAAAGCCACCAAGACUAUGAUCAUUGUCCAUCGACGAGAACUCGUGGAACAAGCUGCCAGACAUUGCCGCCUUGCAUACCCCGAAAAAACAGUGGAAAUCGAAUCAGGCACGAGUGUCGCGACUGGAGUAGGGGACAUUAUCAUUGCGACUGUUCAGACACUAUCGCGAGGACGAAUAUUCAAGUUUGAUCCAGAUGCUUUCAAGCUUGUUCUGGUAGAUGAGGCACACCACAUUGUUGCAAAAUCAUAUCGCACGGCGUUGGGCCACUUCGGAUUGAACGAGCUAUCUACAAGUGGCCCAGUUCUGGUCGGCGUUUCAGCCACCUUUUCACGAUUCGAUGGACUCAAGCUAGGAGCUUCCAUUGACCACAUUGUCUACCAUAAAGAUUAUGUCGACAUGAUUGCCGACAAGUGGCUGGCCAACGCCGUGUUCACAACAGUGAAAAGCGGCGCCAAUCUAUCUAAAGUCAAGAAAGAUAGUUUCGGGGAUUUCGCCUUAGGCUCACUGUCAAAGGCAGUCAAUACUGAGAUUACAAACAAUAUCACCAUCCGAGCUUGGAUGGCUAAUGUGGAGGACCGCAAAUCCACACUGGUCUUUUGUGUCGACAUCGAGCAUGCGCAGCAACUUACUGCUGCGUUUCGCGACAAUGGCAUAGAUGCCAGGUAUAUCACAUCGAACACACCGACGGCCCACCGCGCCAAAGAGCUGAAGGCUUUCAAAAAUCAGGAGUUCCCAGUUCUGCUAAACUGCGGUCUAUUCACAGAAGGCACGGAUAUCCCGAACAUCGACUGUGUGCUGCUUGCUCGACCCACCAGGUCUCGAAAUCUACUGAUUCAGAUGAUCGGGCGAGGAUUGCGACUCUUCCCUGGCAAAAAAGAUUGCCACGUUAUUGAUAUGGUGGCGUCUCUGGAUACCGGUGUCAUAUCAACACCAACAUUGUUCGGCUUAGACCCAGACGAGGUCAUGGACAAGGUCAGCGGGGACGAGGCCAAAAGUCCUAGCGAAAAGCCCGAUCGCAGCGCAAGCCUGGAAGACGAGCCCCUCAGUGGUCCAGACAACGAUCUCAAACUUCAAUUCACAACGUACGACAGCAUCUAUGAUCUCUUAGGAGACAUACAGUCAGAGAGACAUAUCCGAUCUAUCAGUCCGAACAGUUGGGUUCGGGUUGGCGAUGACAGAUACAUCCUCGCCGAAGCCUCGGGAUGGCUCACCAUCGAAAAGGAAGAUGGCAUUUUCACAUCAUAUCAUGUCAUGAAAUGGAAAAAUCCAGACAGUCAAACACCCAAUUUCACACGGCCACGAAAGAUCGCAACAGGGCCAGAUCUUGAAACCAUCGCACGGGCAGCAGACACAUUUGCCAGUAGCAAAUUCGACUUGCAUUAUAUUGCAACGCACAAACCUUGGCGAAAGGCCCCAGCAACACCGGGACAAAUCAAGGUCCUGAACACAGCUCACAUUCGGGAUGGCCAGAUCAAACCCGAAGACCUGACUCGUGGCCAGGCGGCUGAUAUGAUCACUAAGCUGAAACAUGGGGGCAAAAAGCGUUUCAAGGAUAUAGAAGUUAUCAAGCGGAAACAGCUGCGACAAGCGAAGCUGCAGAGCCGAGAGCAUGUUAAUGUCGGUCCGGUCGAGGCUUGA